AUGUGCAACGUCGUGACGAAUUACUACAUCUACGCGGCUUGCCGCGACCCUGGCGUCCACUUCUACGCCUCGAAACUAGACGGGCAAGACCAGCAAGUUUGCAGAACAGGCCCUCAUGAGCGAUGCCUGCCCGCUCUGUUCCGGUCAUUAACGAGCGUUUGGUUCGGCAAAUAUGCCCACGAAAAUGCGAUGAAGAAGGGGAUGCUUGGAAAGGAGAUGGUGGGGAGUGUGCUUAAGGAACGUGCAGAUGUGACCCUUCCGCGUAGACGGUAG